AUGUUCAAGCAACCAAAUACAAUUAUCAUACUUUAUUCUGACUCCGUGAAAAAUUAUUUGGCUAACGUAUUUAUUUUUAAAUUAAAAAUGGGUUGCAUUGAAACCCGAGGACAACCUUCUGAAGAACUUGCAGUUAUUUUUGCUGAACGCGGCCUUCAACUCCAUCUUAUAAGUUCAAAGAAAACAGACUCAAUAUUUCGAAAAUAUUCGUAUAAUUCUAAAUUAAAUCAAUCUCAAUUGAAAAGAGUAAGUGAGAAUCUCUUAAUUCCAAUCAAAAACUACAGCACUCACAAAAAUAUUACCGAAAUGUACUUAAGUUUAAAAGGAGAAGACGGAGACUAUAAAUUAUAUGAUUUACUAAUAAUUGGAGUAAUGCUCAGCAAAUCUGAUCCAAAAACUAAAUCAAGGCUACUUUUUCAAAUUUUCGAUGAAAAGUCAGAGAAUAAAAUUAAUUUUCCAAAGCUCAAAACGGAAAUAAUUCCCUCAAUUCUAAAGCAUUGUUGUGUUACUUUACCAAGUUUAGUCUGCAAAGGACAAUCAAAUAUGGCGAAUGAAAUGAAAAAUGUGUUUUACGUAGAGAAACUUAAAAAAGGCUUUCAGGCUGCAUCAAAACUUAUUGCUGAAAGUAUGGCUCCAAUCAGGACUAUAAUUGAUGAAGAAAUUUUUGUUAAUUUUUUUGUUACUUUUAGAAAUGGACUUUUACUAGCACCCCAAGGAGUUAGAGCAUAUGUUUCCGAAGUUUCCGAUACUCUAGUGGACGAGCAUGACAAGCUAAAAUUGCCCAAAAAUAAAGAAAAUUCUCAUGUUGAUAGCAUUGAUCCUGCAUUAGACUAA